UGCAAACAUUGCUUCUUCAACCCAACGUCCAGAUUACGCACACAACCUCGCCGUCGGACAGCGCAAUGAACACGUGACGCGCGCCAGCACCUGCACUAGCUUUUUCACACCCUCUUUGUUGCCCUUGAGGCACGGCGUAGUGUCGGUGUGCGAUCGAAUUCCUGCCCGGCCUAACCAUCUGAUGGCCCACGACAUCGUCCACAGCAGCCCCCACAUUCGCAACGGAAGGGGGGCGGUACAACCUCCCUUUUGAUACCUUUUUUGUCGCAAGGCGCUCUGCAGCAAUGCAUUCGGUCUCGCACAGUCGCGCAGCAUCCGGCGCGCUGGAUGCCGCCAAAUCGCCGUCAACCAGCUCCUCCGAACCUGCUCAAGGCGCCUCACCCGAGUCGAGUGAUAUACCAGGCACUGCAGCGAGGUCCUCUCGUUCAUCUGUCCCCCUUUCUGCUAGCGGAAGUAGCAGCACCGCCUCAGCAUCGGCGCCAGAGCCCGCGCCAGAAAGCUUAGCGCAACGCCGCACGAGCAUUUCCCAUGCAGCAAAUAGACUGUCGCAAGGCGCAGCAGGAACAGACUCUGCAAAUACUUCAUUUGGAUCGGGGGGAGAACGCACAGCGACGGCAGAUGUUGCUGAGCUAAUGCAAUCUGUGCAGCACGAGCUACGUACACCCGUGCAUGGGUUGCUCUCCAUGCUCGAAUACCUGCGGAAAGACAUCGCGCAAUCCGCCGCGUUCAACCUGCCCGAUGCCCAUCCGCUGCUUGCCGCUCGGGCGCCGUCGCAGCCGCCGUUGCAGGGUAGGACGCGUCUAUUCGCUUCGGCUCGAGCGCACGCACACACGCAUGGUAAUGCGCACGCCAACAUGCAUGUGUUAGCCAAAGUGGCGAGCGUGCAGGCCAAGCGCGCCGCCCAACACGUCCUCGACGCCGUCAGUUCCACCGGGCAGAGCUUGGCGCAGGUACCGAGCCAGCUGCGCCUCCCGUCGCACGUCAUGUCUGCUGCCGCCAAGUCCAGGUGCUUUGGCUCGCCGGAGAGUGCGAGUGCAGCGGCAGGAACCAAUCCGCCUGCUGUACCAGGGGAGAACGGCGAGGAGGCGAGGGGGGCUGAUGCUGCCGCGGCGCACGAACACGAAGGCGCCGGAGGUGCAAAAGCGACAAUUGGGCGUAGUAAAUCAAGCCCCGGCGCUCUCCCCAUGGCGGCGGUGAUGACGAAGGCGAACUCGGCAAACCACUCUACUUCCCCCCCAUUCUUACCGAUCGUCUCGUCCUCAACACCGACAUCCGAACACACUGUAACCACAUCCUCUGCCUCAUCCUCUUCACCUUCCCUCGCCACCACGCCAGCGAGCUUGACGCAACCGGAACCGCCGUAUACCAGUAGCGCUCCGACGACGCCUUCCGGCGGCGCAGCGGUUGGCAGCGAAUCAGACGGCGCGACACCGCCACCACUUUCGUUUCCGAAGGGCCACCUAUCCGCCGCCACCGCCUCGGAUCUGGCGGCGGUGCUGCGCGAGGAGCGCCGGAGCUUGCUCUCGCGGCUCGACGGCGCGCUCGGGCUCGUGGAGAGGCUGCACAACAUCCUGGACGACUACAACGACUUCGCCUCCGAAAUCCUCCUUGCCGACCGCGACGCAGCACACGGAUUCGGAAGCUGGGCCGCGAUCGCUCCCACUACCCCGGUCAUCGACACUGCGGUUGAGCCACGCGCAGCUGCCCUUGGUGCACCCACAUCGCUCGCCAAUGCCUUCCGCGGACUGGCGCUACACGACGCCUCCUCGCUGCCUGUGUCGAAUUUGGCAUAUGUGCAUCCUGCCAUAUCUGCUCCUAUCUCGACAUCGACAUUGGCAUCAACGCCGAGGGUAGCGCAAAGCGACGCUUCAGAAGCGAAUGUCCACACGCCGAUGCUGCACUCGCGUUCUCAAUCUCGCUCGCGAAUCCUCGCUUCGGCAUCAUCUUCGGAGCGCGAGAUAGACGGCAUACCGCUGACCUCGCCGCCAGCACCGUCAUCCAACUCAGCUGGCCUGGGCGAUUCCGCUCACGGGCCUGCUGCUCAUCCCGGCAGGGACUUAGAGUCCAAGGAUGCGAUACUGGACGAGCCGGUAAACUUUGGCACUCUGCUGGACGAGGUCGCGUGCGAAGCUUGGAACCAGCAGGUGCGCGCGCUCAGGGCGGAGGACGCUGAUGCGAGAUUGCCACCACCCCCAGAGCUCAUCUUGCAGAUUGAUACGUCACUUCGACACGUCAAGUCUGUCGUGUCCGUCACGACAGUCAAGAAGCUGAUGCACAAGCUGAUUUCGAACUCGCUGCGCUUCACAAAGGAAGGUUACGUGGAAGUGUCCGUCAUGCCUGGCAUCGCAGGCGAGGACACACUCGACGCAGCACAAGCCGAAACUGACCGGUACGCCGAAGCGGCCCUUGCGUCCGAAGCGCUGCGCUCUCCAACGCCGCCAGCGAUACGCAACGAUCUCAUCUCCAUCGUCGUGGAGGAUACGGGCGAGGGAAUGACGUCGACGUUCAUGCAGGAGAACCUUUUCAUGCCGUUCCAGAAAGCGAACAGGUUCAAAGCGGGUGCGGGGCUAUCGAUGACGCUCUGCGCCUCCCUCGUCCGCAAGCUCCGCGGACGCAUGCACAUUGCCAGCGACGCAGGAAGAGGCACCAUCGUCACUGUCACCAUCCCCGUGGUGCAUCACUACAAUACCGACAUUUCCCCCGGCCAGGAGUUGCCGCCGAGCAACGUUGAUAGACUCGUCUACCUGUACGGGUUUGAGGGGAUGGGGAUGCAGCGGUUGGCGCAAGCCAUCACUGCGCAACUCGCUACAUUCGGCAACUUCUAUUGCACGACCUCCAUCAAGGACUGCGACUACAUUCUGCUGCCAGAGGAGAAAUGCAUCCAGACGGACGCGGGCGUGGAAGCAGUCUUGGCACAGUGCCGGCCGGGGGUCAAGAUCGGGGUUCUGCAGGCGCACGAAGAUGUUGGCAUCGAGCGAGCUGCUUCCUUGAACCGCAGCGAACCGCCCGUCUUUGUCACACGCAAGCCUUUCGGCCCGAAGGCAUUUGAGGCGUUGCUCGGCGCUUACAGCUUGUCGCAGCUCAGCAAGGCCAUCGAUGGCGAAGUAUCCGGUGCACUGGCUGGUGUCAAGGCGAACAAUGGCAAAUGCGAAAGCAGCUGCAGUGAAGGCGACUACUUUAGCGCGCAGAGCCUUUCUGAGAAGCAACAUCUGAAAGAGAACAAAGACGAGAUACAGGGAUACUCCGCUUCAGUCGGCAGGAUGGACGGACAGGCACUCGUGGGAUCGGAGACUUCUGGUGAUGGAGAGGAUGAAGAGGGAAAGCAAAAGACUGUCGAAGAGCGUACUGCAAACGAAAGGCUGUUCAAGGCUGCUAAGAAGAGCAGUCGAGGUAUCCUUCCAGAUUUGUUGUUCGCCCCGUCGACCAUGGACGCCAUCCUUCGAGCUCCGCAAGCGCGCGCUCCCUUGCUGCCCCUCCGGCGCAAGUUUGGCUCGACAGGGCAGCAGGACAGCGAGUCGGGUCGCUCACCAUUGUCGUCCGCCUUUCCCAUCUUUGCGGGCUCGAUGAAGUCUAUCAUGGAAGGGCUCGCUCACAUGCACCAAAAGAUCAUUUCCCCGAACUUGCAAGCAUCCCCGGACACGGCAGCAGACGCUUCCACCGAAGAAAACCAAGGUAGCAACGCUCGGCCUUCCAAACCUGGAGAAGCCCUGCGCAGGACGGCGACUAAAACGGUUGCGGCGGCGGUACCGCCCGCGGCCGCGUGCGACACUGUUCGUAAGCAAGCAGAGGAGGAAGCAAGCGCUUUCAGCGUGCUCUGUGUGGAGGACAACCCGCUGAACAUGCGCGUGAUGACGCAAAUGCUCAAGCAGUCGCGCAUCCUGCAGUUCAGCGCGACUGACGGCGUUGAGGCGGUGGAGCUAUUCAAGGAAGUGCGGCCAAGCGUCGUGCUGCUGGACAUCAACAUGCCGCGCAUGGACGGUUUUGAGGCGUGCGAGGAGAUGCGCAGGUUCGAACGAGAAGAGGUGGAGCAGGACAAGCUCCUAGCAUUCAGCCCUACACGGAGAGUCGCCAGUCGCAUCGUUGCCGUCACGGCGCUAUCGGACGACUUCCACCAACAAAAGGGCCUGUCCGUCGGCAUGGACGACUGGCUCACCAAGCCGAUCAAGAUGAAUACGAUCAAGAAGGAUCUGGCCGUGUGGAAGGAGGAGUGGGAGCAGGCCUUGGAGAAGAGCAAGGCGCUCGAAGGGCAAGGCAGCGCCGCCUCUGUGGCCGAAGUAUAUGGUUCGACGCUCACAGCCAGGCAGGGGGACGCGCCGGUCGCGACACAGCCAUAGCACGGAUCAGAAGGUCACAGGAUAGCGGGUUGCAUGCCCCUCAAGCUAUAUUCAGGAAUAUUGGCAGCGGCUGAGUGCAGAGCAUUCCAGACAGAUCGGAAAUCAUCACAUUGUAUUUUGCUUGCACUCUACGAGGGAAGCCCGCUAGCACAUUGC